ACUACUAGCUGACUUUGUAUUUGAUUUCAUGAAAUAGUGUGUAAUCAUUACGAUACUCUCGGUGAUAUAUGUCACGCCAAGUGGUUUAAAAUGCCCAAAGGUGUAGUGUAGUGAGUAGUGUAGUGUAGUGUGCGAUGUCUCGACUUGUCAAAAAAUCUCCCUCUGUGUGUACGGAUCUGCCACUGGACAACGCCGAUAUUCACAACAAGCUCAGUUUGCUGAGACAACUCCUCGCUUCUUGCUUUGGUCCGACGGGAAGACUAAAACAAGUGCAUAACAACAUCGGAGGACACGUUGUUACCACCUCCACCUCUUCUGUUCUACUUCCAGCCAUUUCCUCCUCGCAGCCUUUGGUGAAUCUGAUCAAAACAUCGAUUCACAACCACGUCUCUCGUUUCAGUGACUGCGGUUUGUUCGCUGCCGCUCUUUGUUUAGGUCUCAUUGAGCAUGCACAGCAAUCUGGCCUCGCAGCAAAUGUGACCAUCAGAAUAAACAAGCACUUGUUGGGCCUGUGCGUCAGUUACCUGCAGGGAGAAGACUGUGGAUGCAAAGUGAAGCUCGACUUCUGCAGCAGCCAGAGCCUGAUCACAUUAGCUCGCAGUGUUAUCUCCAGUAAACCCGCAUGUGUGCUGACAGAGCAGGAGAUGCUGCACAUCAGCAGGUUGGCUGUGCAAGCAUUUUUGCUGACUCUUCCCUGUAACAACCCAGGUAUUGUCAUGCUGGGCAAGACAGUGAGUGCCUACGUUGAGGGCCAUCCUGUGCUUAACUCUGCAGUGUUUCCAGGUUUACUGCUGGAUGUUACUGGUGACUUUUGCCUCAACAAGGAAGACAACCUGAAUCCAAGUCCACUGUCUGUGGUGGUGUUCAGUGCAUCCCUUGCUGGAGACCUUUGUGAACUAGGAGAAGGGUUAAUCGAGGUUCCCGCAGGUGUAGACUCAGAUUUACAGAUCCUAGAACAACUCCUGGAGCUCGGCAAACAGGUGGUUACAGAUGAGGUAAAGCUCUUUGCAUGCCAGAAGGUUAUCCACCCAGUCCUCCAGCAAUACCUGAGGAGUGAAGGCGUUAUUGUCAUAGAGAGACUAGGAGCUUAUCUCAUGGAACCACUUAUUCAGCUGACAGGUGCUCAACCUGUGGCCACAUUACAUACCACACUCCCAGCCAAGGCCUAUGGGGAGGUGAGGGAAAUCAGUGUAAGGCAGUUUGGCUCUAAGACAUUGCUGCAUUUACGACCCUCAGGGGAGUCAGCAAUCUGCACCAUGGUCCUCUGCCACAGGAACGAGACAAUGUUAAGUGAGCUGAAGGUGGUGUGUCAGAAGACAGAGCAUGUGUUGAGACUCACCAUUAGAGAUCCAGCUGCUUUACUUGGAGGUGGAUGUACUGAGACACACUUAGCUGCUUACAUCAGACACAAGAGCAGUGAAGUAUCAGAGCCUGCAGCGGUACUGGGGUGUUCGCACUCUGAGUACCAUCUUUGCAUGGAGGGAUUCUGUCGCUCCCUGGAGUCUGUGGCCAAAGCACUGGAGCACAGUGGAGGGAAUUCUUUAAUUGAUCUGACUCACGCUCACCACUGGACCAUCCCUGCAGAUAUGACGAAAGGAGGUAUUGAGGAUAGCUUGGGCUUCUGUGGCUGUGGACUUGUGGGAAGUAGCCCAAGUAGGAAGUGGACAUACAUAAACACUAAAUACACAGCAUUCUCACCAGCAUCCCUGUCUGUGGAUCCUGCUGUGCGACCACGUGUGCUGGACUCCUUCACAGCUAAACUCAACGCACUGCAAGUAGCAGUAGAAACUGCUAAUCUUGCAUUAGAUGUGAGAUAUAUAAUUCAAGAUGUGAAUUAGUAGAUUUUUUUUCUCAUGUGUAUGCUGUUUUUUUCUUUACAAAGGUACAAUACAAUAUUUACUGUAAAUAUACUACCUAUACCAGAUUUAUGUGGCCUUAUUUUUCAAUACAAUUGUUAAAAAGUAUUGAUUAUAUUAAUUAUUCAUUAAUAAAUAAGCAAAGUAAAAAUCUCUAAGACGGACAGCAACAGCGUCAUAUAUACAGUAAUGUAUGACAAUGUUAACAACAAUGAAUAACAUGAUAAUAUAAAUAUAAAUAAUAUAAAGAACAUGGUAUGGGGCAGUAAUGUUAAGUUAUGCAUUUGUCAAUCAAUAAAAGCAACUGCGGCUAGCAGUGACGACCGUUUGGAUUAUUCCAGGAACAGGGACUUGAGUAGAAACAGCUCUAAGUGUCAUAUUCUACACAAACAGUCACUCAGUUUUCUCUCAUCAGAUGCUUAAGAAUUUAAAACACAUAUAAUUGAUGUUUUAAAAAGUUUCUAUCUAUCAGCAUUCACUGUGGAAAUGUUCUACCUUUUUCAGAAUUGUAUUUACGGCAUCCAAAAUAUUCCCAGUUUAAACCUAUAACUGGUUAGAUAGUCACUACAUCACAGCUAUGUCCACCAAGUUAUGUUGUCAGUACUGUUUGCAAGUUCCUUUUGUGUUUGAAAGGAUUAGAAAAAAAUUAAUUUGUUCUCUGGUGGCAAGACUGCAAGCAAAAAUCAUCCAAAACAGAUUAUGAUGUAAUCUCUGUUCUAUUUUAAAGUAUAACAGUAGGAGGGGAAAUCAUUGUGCAGUUUGCCCAGAGGAACAAUGGAAUUAAAGCCUUUCAUGAUUUGGGAUAGUCGUUGAAUUUCUCCUGGUAAAACCUGCGAAGAAGGGAAGAUCAUAGUAAUUAUAAAGAUGAUAAUCCCUGGGGCAAGUGUCAUUGUACUUGUGUUUUAGUCUUUUAGGCACCUAUGAUGGUAAACUGCUCUUGAUCCAAUAUAACCCAGACUGGACACAGUGAAGGAGAAGGCUGGAAUUGACAAGGUGACCAAAGCAAAGCCAAACCACUCCACAAGCUCUCUGAAGUAGUUAGCUGUGUAAUGUGUAAUCUCUGUUUUUGCUUGUACUUUGCAUUAAUAUUUUCUUUUCAUUACACAUGAAACAGACUCCAGCAUAGGCAUAGGCCUCUGCAUUUACCUUUGAAAAUAGUGCAUGCAAAAGGUUGCAUGCAGCAGAUACUUCUCCAUACUGGAGGAUCUAUGUGAGGUAACCUUUAAGAGGAGGGGGUUCAGGAAAGCUGGUGUCUCCUGCAGGAAAUAGGCAACUCUAACUGAGGAGGGGAGUACAAUGUGGCGUCCAUCGCAGCUUUGGGUCUUCCUGUGAUGGAACAUGUUGCAGAGUCCUACAAGAAUGAUCUCAUAGCUGAGGCAGUUGACCAAAUGCCAAUAGCAGUGCAUCUCACAGUACUGUGCUGUACUGAGACAUUGAACGUUUCAGUCAUAUUUUAUGCUUUAAAACUAGACUUUGGUGUCUAUGAAAAUGGAUCUAAAAAAGCCUGUUUGACUCCUCCAAAAUCAAUGAGAGGUGUGUCAGUCUGCUGAAAUAUAAUACUGCUCACCUUUUCACGGCAUGGGUACAAACAUUGCUAGAGGUGAGGUUAUGAUUAUCCGUUUGUACUUAAGAAUGCAAGCACAGUUGUUAAAAUGCAGAAUGUCCCACUGCCAUGAUUAGGAGUGAACACAAUGAAUGGAUUGAAUGGAAGGAUCUGUCAACACCAUACAUUGCAUACUAACAAAUCACACCUGCCAUGCAGUACAUCUUGUUUACAGAGACAGCAAUGUUUGCAUCUCAAACCAUGUGAAUUUUGUACAGUGAACAAUGACCUAGUGAUGAGAAAUCACAUUUGUGCAAGGGAUCACAACUAAACUCACUGCAAUAAA